AUGAAUCCAGCAUCGCCUUCUGCACGGUUUGUUGGCGGGGGCGGCAGGUCUGGUCAGUCAAGUGUCGCACAGUCACCGCUAGUUCCUCAUGAAACUUUGUUGGGUCCACGUCUGCCCGUCACUAGUUCGCCUCUGCCUAUAGAGACUGGUCUACGCUCAAUAGCAUCCCUCACUAGCACCCAGCCUCCGCUGACUUCCCUACAUUCACGGCGAACCAGUGCCGGCCCGGGGCCGCUCACCAACCCGAACUCGCAAGAAACAAGCCCCAGCACGCCUCAUUCAACUUUCAGUCCCUUUGGCCGUGUAUCUCCAGCAGUGACCAAUGUCUCUCUCCCACAAAGCACCGCACCAUAUCCCACUGCGUCUCCGUAUAUGACAAUGGACCCUAUGACCCGACCAAUUCCUGCAACCAAAGGCCCCAGACGCCCCGAACAAGCCCCCUCACGAGCCGGAACGCCACAUGUUAGCCCGCUCCCAAUGGGAAUGAUACCAUGCGUACUAGACAUGCGAUCCGGCUCUUCUAGCCAAGCAGAGAAGCGCAAAGCCAACAGCGAUGCAUCAAGACGCUUCCGAAAUCGGAAGCGCAAUGAAAUGCAACUCGAGCAGCGUCUCACCGCACAACAGGAUGAGAUCCAGCGUGGCGUAGAAACAGUCCGCCGCCAAAGCGAGGAGCUUCGCUCCCUCAUCCAACAACGAGACCACUACCGCUCCGAGCGAGAUUUCUACCGUGAUCAUCUCGGCCGCACAAUGUCCCUAAGCGCCUUACCCCCAAGACCGUCUUCUCCACGCUCCCAAACCACCCUCCUCCCCGCAUCUGAACCGGGCACCACAGCGUCUUGGUCGGGCGCCGAUGCUGCCCGAUCCGCUUCAGGCACACAGCCGACUUCGGCGGGUCCAGCUCCACAAGGAAGACUGAUCGACCCCGUUCAGUCUCAACCUGGCUGGCCUGCAAGUCCCCCGUAUUCUUCAACGCCCAUUGCACCCACCGGCCGGGCAGUGGCUGGCCCUCCUUCUGGGUCACCGUCCGUUUCCGGUGGUCCGCUGCCUCCACUGCAAGGACCAUGGUCUCGUCCUUGA